CUUUCUCUACUCUCUUACAAAGCCCACCCAGAGCCAAAUCCUCACCAUUAAAUCUCACUUUUUCCCAUCAUCAUCAUAGCACAAGCAAGCCAGCGAGAAAGAGAUAUAGAAGGUGAACAAAGUGGAGUGGAAUUGCUUUGCAGAGAUCAUUUCGAUGAUGGAAAUGGCCCAAGUCGGUGUGCGAACCAGAGCUCGCACAUUGGCUGCGGCGGCGGCGGCUGCUGCUGCUGCAGCUACUGGUGCUUCAAGGAAGAGGAAAGUGAAUAAUCGAGAACUGAUGAUGUCCGCGUCAUAUAUUCAACUAAGGAGUAGCUCCAGAAGACGAGUCUUAAUUACGCCUGAGAAUUCAGUUUCAAUUUCACUUUCACCGGAAAUAAAUCCCGAUCCUCGGACAGUAAUUCAGGAUAGAUGCUCCAGCCCUAGCUCGGAUCAUGCCUCCGCUUCUUGUUGCUCGAGUUAUGGAUCAAGUGAUCAAAGAAUUAAUAAAUUAGCAGAUCUGGAGGCAGUGACUGCGAGCGUUGAAGUUGAAACGUCGGUGUAUUUUAGCCGUGGCGAAAGAAGAGAAGCUACGCCGUCAAGCCAACUUCAAGCGGAAUCAUCAGACGAACUGGAAUCGACGGCGAGACCAUUAUCGAAGGCGAAUUCUCGCCGCAGAUCAACGGCUGAGAAGAUGCCAACGGAGUCUGAACUCGAUGAAUUCUUCGCAGAAGCCGAGAAGAAUAUCCAAAAACAAUUUGCAGACAAGUAUAACUACGAUAUCGUCAAGGACGAGCCACUGGAAGGACGGUACGAGUGGGUGCGAUUAAAGCCGUAAAGGGAACCAAAAGAAGAAUCAGAAACAAUUAAUGGCUUCUCAUCUCUGAUGAAUUUAUCAUGUCUUUAGGUACUGCGACUUCUAAUUUAAUUUCCUAGAAAACUAGCCAUAUCUUCCUCUAGGUUUCUUCUUCUUCUUCUUCUUCUAUUGUUUCUUCCUCUCUUUGUGGUUUAAUGUACAGCUCUCUCUCUCUCUAUUUAUAAGUUAGAAUUAUUAGAAGCUGAGGCUUCUGUUUGUUCUUUUGUACUAAGUUUAUACGGAGAAUGCUUCUUCUGCAACGAAGAGAAAAUUUGCAGAAAUUGCAAAAUCCACUUAGAGAAGAGCAAACAGUUAAAUAACGAAAGUUAACUUUCGAUUCUUAAAAUUUCAUACUUUAAUGCUAA